AUGCCCGCUUCCCAUGCUGGAGAUGCUGGUUUAAAUCCCGCUCGGAGUGUGUCCAGCAGGACUGGGUACACAUGCCUGGCUGGCUAUUUUCAGUACACCAUCUUUAUGAUCACCAGUAAUGGCUACAUUAAACCAUCCAUAUGAGCCAUUGUUGAUGGAAUAGUGAAGAGCAUUGAUAUUGCUCAUAGGAAUAUGAGACCUGGACGAAUUUUUAUAAACAAAGGACAAUUAGACGACAGCAACAUAAACAGAAGCCCACACUCUUAUAUGAACAACCCAGAAGAGGAGAGAAACAGGUAUGAAUUUAACACAGACAAGCAAAUCGUGAUCUUGAAAUUCACAGAUAUGGAUGGGGACGGUAUGGGCAUGCUCAGCUGGUUUGCUGUUCAUCCCGUCAGUAUGAAUAACACCAAUCGCAUGAUGAGCUCAGACAACCUCGGCUAUGCCUCCUAUGCCUUUGAGCAGGACAAGAACCGAGGCUUUCUACCAGGGGAGGGUCCAUUUGUAGCAGGCUUUUCUUCCAGUAACCUUGGAGAUACAUCCCCCAACAUUCAUGGCCCCGUCUGCUUGAACACGGGCGAGAAGUGUGACUACCUUAACUCCUGCCCCAUUGGUGGAAAAAAAAGCAUGCAUGCUUUUGGACCGGGCGAAGACAUGUUUGAGAGCACCAGGAUCGUUGGAGAGAAUAUGAUUAAAAAGGCAAAAGAGCUGAACAGCAGUGCACAACAGGAGUUGCACGGUCCCAUCCAGGGCGCACAUCAGUGGGUCAACAUGACAGAAAUGGUCCCGUUUAACUCCACUCAUACAGGACGGAAAUGCAAACCUGCUCUGGGUCACAGUUUUGUUGCCGGAACAACAGACGGAGGCGGAGAGUUCAACUUCGUACAAGGGGAUACAGAUGGAGACCCCUUCUGGGACAGCAUAAGAGAUGCGCUUGUAUCGUCCAAACCCAUCCUGUUUAGCACGGGCGAGAUGGACUCACCACUCCCAUGACAUCUAGCCAUUGUGGACGUUCAAAUCAUCACUAUUGGCUCUUUAGCCAUAGUUGCGGUCCCAGGUGAAUUUUCCCUUAUGAGAAAUACCUUUUGUUCGGCCGAAUGCGUGCUGGACAACAGCAGCGCGAGCACAGGCACUCGAGUGUGCGCUCAGGGAAUCUACGUCUCACAGGGAGAAAUCGCAUCUGUCACAUUUGUCUCUGGAAACCCGAGACACUCAGGAGAUAUUAGAGAUAAGACGUUUGUCAAAGUGGGGAGAUUUCACAACACCACAGGCAUGUGGGAAGUAGUUCACACAGAUGCAUCGUGGGAAGCAAGAUUUCACUGGAUAAAAAGAAACCGUGGCCUGAGUAACGCGACAGUGGGUUGGCACAUCCCUUACUCAGCACAGACAGGAACGUACCGCAUUCAAUUCUUUGGACACUGCAAACAAUCUGAUGUCAUCACAGCAUAUACGGGCACUUCAGAUGACUUUAAAGUCACCAGGAGUUUUUACUACUUUUGAUCAGUGUAUCACUGAAGGAGAAUGUUGGAUGCUGAUAGAAGGUGUUGUUUAAAGCAACAGUUAAUGGCACCAAUUAAAUUAACUUGUUUUUUUUGACUUGUUUGACUUGUUUGAUAUGUAAGGUGAAAUGAUUGUUUCAUAAAUUAUAAAGUAGCCUAUGUUUAUUAAACAGAUAGUUCUGGUCCUGAAUGCUGAUUGGUCAAUAAAGCGUUCCAGCUGUGCUUAAAAGCGCUAUAUAGUAAAAGCAAUGAUGUGAAACACCUGUUCACCUAGCUACUAUGUGUAUUACUGUGCAGCACCCAUACUGCCCUGCAAAGGCAAAAUGCAGUUACUACACAAAAUUGAGUUAUGACUGAAAUCGGGUCUCUUAAGUGGUUUUCAUACUGGCUACGUUUGCUACAGUCCGAAUCUGAGUGUGAUUAUUUCCGGUGCCCCCUGCAGCGUUGCUCUGCUUUAGGACUCACUUAUGAUUCUGUCGAAAUCUGCCACAUUUCCGUACAUCUGGCGUCAUUACAAAAGCGCACUGUGCACAUGCUUUGUGUGUGUGUGUUUUUUUUUAUUAUUAAUUUUGUGCCAUUAUGUGCCCCAGAGUGAACAACACUUGUGCUUCUGUGCAUCGCAUGCCGUAAUUCAGUUCAUGUCCAACAGAAAGCGACUAUAUCUGCUACUCGCAAACGGUCUUUUUUGAGGAGACAACUGGUUGCGAGCAAUGCAUUUGAAGCCCUGCUUAUGUUCCCCUAUCACUCAUGGUGCACAUGUAUGUGUUUUUGUGCAACUGAUGUUGUCAUGCUUAAAUUGGCAAAAAAUGAAUGCACAAGUUAUUUUACUUUCUAAACAAGCGCUGACCCUAGUACAGGUUGCGUUCUCACUCAUGCGAACCGUGCCACAGUUCCAUUGCAACCGAUCUCAGACCACUUCCUACAGUCUUGGGUGUGGUAUUAUAAUCAACAUCUUUCAUGUCACACAUUUUUUUAUACAGAGUGUCUAUUUGCACCCUGGUGUAAAUAGCAUCUGCCACACAGUGCAGCUAUUUGCACCCCAAUAGUCUGGUGGAACCAGAGAAAUAUAUGAUAAAGUAAACAAUAGAUGUCGCUGCAGUUGCAUGGAUUGUAAAGAUGGUGUGAGAAUUCUCUAUGUACUGCUGUUCUAGUGAAUCCGCAUUUUGUCCCACUCUUUGCCCCAUCCGAUUUCCUAUUUCCACGCUUAAUAUUUCCUUUAAUACUACUUAAUAUAAUUGAUAAAAAAUCAAAUAAAUGUUGAUUUCAUCACAGUGAUUUGUCACGGUGAAUGUCGGGGAGUGCAGAGAAAGGUUUGAUCCUGAGGAGGGGUUCCCGCGGUUCGGCUUCGCUUGUGUGUAGAUUGCAUCACCUUUAUUACUAAUAUUGUAGUAACCAUGUUUUUUUUUGGCAGAAACCAUAGUUUUAAUGCAAUUAACCAUGGUGUUAGUGCAGUAAUAUGGUGGUAAUAUAGUAAUCAUGGUCUAUUUUGUGAUUGCUGUAAAUUUACAAAAAAAUGCCUUGGUGAAACCAUGGUUAAAUAACCAAGUUAUUUUUUCUAAGGUAAGGUUAAGGUUAGGUUUAGGGGUAGGGGUUAAUGUAAUGUGUCUGUGACUGUAAAUAAAAACAAUAAACAUACUGCAGUGAUGCCCAUGUACUGUAUGUUAGUAUUUAAAUAUGGGUGCAAAUAGUAUCUGACACUGUUUGCACCAGGGUGCAAUUAGUAUCUACCAUUAUUUGCACCAGGGUUGGGGUGCAAAUAAUAUCUGCCACUAUUUGCACUGGGGUGUAUAUACCAUUAUUUGCACCAGGGUGCAAGUAGCAUCUGCCAUUUUUUUUAUAUGAGCAGUACUCUGAUUCGGGCUAAACUGACAGUGUGAAAUCCCUAUUUGACUAUGAUCUAACCUGUGACAGAUGGGUUUUGCUCAGCAAUGCUCAGAUUCAGAGAAAAUGGAGUGAGAUGACAUAAUAAUGUUUUCUGUUUCAGUGUUGUUGUAGUUACUGUAUAUCUCGGUUCUGCAGUUGGUUAGUAUUGUUAACAUGAGUAAAAUAUGUCUUCUA